AUGAAAUUGUUGGCGGUAAUAUGCUCAUCGGCAGCAACCGAAGUCUUCAUACGAAAACCCAGCUUUUGGUUAGCAAAGAAUAUUUUCAUCUCCGUGAUGAUACCCGAUAUAUCGUCCCACACCACUUGGGUGCUGGAAAUUGGACAGGAGCUAGCUUCACGAGGCCAUAACGUUACCUUUCUUUGCACGACUGGAAGUGAAAAGUAUCUACGAGACUACCCUAAUAUCAACCUCUUGACAAUGGGUGAAUCGCCUCUGGUCAUUAAUCGAACGCAAGCUGCAGAACUGCAAGAAGAUUCGUCAGAGAUGUUCAAGUUUCAGAAAUGGUUUUUUAGGACGCUCAAUAGCAAUUUACGGUCAGAGUUUAAGCAGUACUCUGAAUAUAUUGCAAAAUACAAACCAGAUGUCUUUCUGUGUGACCAUUUUGCAGAUAGCUGCAUGCGCGCUGCUGAAGAGCAUGAAAUUCCAUUCAUUGCCACUUCCACCACGGCCAGAGGCCCUGUAAGAGUCAAAGACGCAGACGCACCUUUCCUCAACGACCUCAUGCUAGGAGAACCCACCACGGAGUAUCAAUCGAUAUGGUUGAGAUUUCUCAACCGAUACAUCCUAGAGAAUGUUAUCCAGGGUAUGGCCUCGUCUCUAUUGAACGAAAAUACUCCUGUGCGCAAAGACCUGGGACUCAAGUCAGCCAAAUAUGUCUUCUCUCGCAAGAUGGACGAUUCUGUCAAGCUGAUCAACAACUUCUUUGGCUUGGAGCCGGCAAGACCUCUUGGCCCUUUGGUACGUUUUAUUGGUCCCAUCAUGGCUUCCAGCUACCCAUCGUUGGACGACACUACGGCUGCAUUUCUAGAAUCUCAUCAAAAAGUAGCUUAUGUGUCUUUUGGUCACCACGCAUCACCAGUGGUAAUGGACAUCACAAAAGUGCUAAUAGCACUAUUCGACUCCGUAGAAUCCGGCGUCCUUGACGGCUUUAUGUGGGCCAGCGUUAGUCUUCCUACCUUCCCUGGGCAUAUAGUCAGCUCAAGUGGUGCAAUAUAUAAUGUGACAGAUAUGAUCCAAAACGGUGCAAAAUAUGAACACUACAGGUUUACAACGUGGGCCGCUCAAUUCGCCAUCUUAGCGCAUCCUUCCACUGCGCUGUUCCUGACACACGGUGGUGCCAACUCCAUCUUUGAAAGUCUCUAUUCCGGCACCAAGAUGCUGGUUCACCCCUUUUUCACCGAUCAGCCACAAAAUGCAAGGAUGCUUCAGUUGGCUGGAGCAGCGCUUACUUAUAAUCGAAAAACCACCAAGGCAACGGAAAUAGCAGAUCUACUUCGCAGAGUUGUUGAAGAUGACGAUCAUAUGUUUCAAAAGAACGUCAGCCGGCUGUCGGCUAUAGUGCAGUUGAGAGCUGCGGAUGCCAUUCGGAACGGCGCGGCGGUGGUGGAAGAAGUUUUAUUUUCAUCCGAUGAAGACGACCUACCUCAUCUUUACGUGGCAUCACGCAAUAUGAACUACCUCAAGGCCAACAACAUUGACAUAACGCUUCUUCUUGUCGCCAUCGUCGGUGGCAUCAUGGCUAGCAUCUUCAUAAUAGUCAAGCAAUUAAUCACUUACCUUAUUGCUUGCAGUAAUGCCAAGACCAAGCUGGAGUAGUCAGAGAACGUUGAACCAUGGUCGCCUCUUAUGUUAACAACCAUUUCCAGAAUUUUGUUUGUCAUCGGUUUCCUAUGCGCUACAAAUA